AUGAAGGGUAUCAAAGUAGUAGCUAUGAUGUUGCUACUAUUCUCUCAAUCAUUCGUCUACGCAUCUACCAAAGGUGAAGAAGGCCACGAGAACCCUGCAUUUUCACCCGAUAAUGGGCCAGAUGAGUCUCAACAAUCCCAUGAUGAUGGAAGCCCAAACUCCCCAGGCGAUGUGGGUGCCCAAGAUUCUCUAGGUGAUGAGGAUGCCUCAAAAGAAACAAGCGAAACCGAAACCGACUUAGCAGUUAGUGCUAGUUACCACCAUGAAUCUACGGAGGAAGUUAAGGACGAUGGUACUACACAUGUCACAGAAUCUACUGAUGCUAGUUGUAGCAUUGACUGUAGCGCCUGUGGUAAUACUAUUUCUCAAGUAGUGUGUGACUAUUUUAGUUGUAGUAUACAAUAA